CAAUAGGAGCCCUGUUUGGAAACAUCGUCUGCCUGGCCACAUGCAAGAAGAGCCAGAAGUUUUCCCGGAAGCUCCACGCGCAUCUCAUUACGCAUCUAGCCAUUGCCGGGAUAGCAUUAACAGCAUCCGGUCACGUGAUGUUCACCGUCUCAGCGUUUGCCGGCACAUGGGUGUUUGGCGAUUACGGUUGUGUCCUUGCCGCCUUUCUCUGCUACUUUUUCGCUCUCGUCUGCUCCAACAUCCACGUAGCCAUCAGUGUGUACAGAUAUAUUGAAGUCUGCAAGCCACACCUUAGAUAUUUCUUGGAUCCUCGUCAAUCACCAGGGAUACGGUGCUUUGCUUUGGCGGCGUCUUGGUUGUACGCCCUCUUUUGGACUUCACUGCCACUAUUCGGCUGGUCCAAAUACACGUAUGAAUCUUUUGGUGUAUCAUGCAGUCUUAACUGGGAAAGUCGAGACCUGAUUGACGUGACUUACAUAUACUCGUCCUUCCUAUUCAGCUUUGCCAUCCACAUAAUUGUGAUUGUAUUUUGUUAUACAAAGAUGUGUGCCGCGCUGGUGCUUUGCUAUUUAUUAGCCUGGUCUCCGUACGCCAUCUUCACCUUCUGGAGCAUUCACUUCCCUCUGCCGCCAGUCCUUGUCGUCAUGCCGACCAUGUUUGCUAAAAGUUUCUGUGUCUUCACGCCUGUCGCUUGCGGGCUGUUGAACAGGGACUUCAGAGAGAAUUUCUGGCAGCUUCUACGAGUGGUUCACCUCGUUGACGGUAAAGUUGCACCGUUGAAGGAUGCUAAGCUCUCGGUCACGUUAAGCGCCGUUCAAAAGAUGCAAGACAACGAAGUUCUUUUAUUCAAAAUGACUCAAAAUGACAUCUUCAUUUGCGAGCAGUCGGCGAGCAUUCUACAAAACCCUCCAACGCGAGAUGACGCCCCCGCUGCCAAGCUUCAGCCAAGCACGAGUCCACGUGGAGGCGCACAAAGAAAGGAGUCGCCGGUUGAAUUCUCUGAAAUCAAACGUAGGAGCAAUCACAGUGAUAUCCAAAUGCAUAUUUAGAAGCAAACAUUUACACUGUACAUACAUUUUUCACAUAUACUGUGUAUAUCUGUGGACUAUGAUAUAUGUAGGCGCUAUCCCUAACGUGCACAGACAGUUUCUUACAAUUUAAUUGCGAAAACAAAUAAUUUCACCACUUGGAAUCUUUACCUUUUCUCAGGCAGAUGACCAAAAUUGUGCUAUAUGUAUUAACGUUUGGCGCGUGCAGCCUUAUUGAAGGCCAGCAUUAUGAAAAGCCAUCACCUAUAAAAGCAAUUCAGUCGUAGUAAUCCGAAUUGAAACAGCUAUUUUCUUUUCGUUAUAUUAAUUUCUUGUGUUUUACAUUGAAACUAUAUACGUUGCAUGUGAUCCAUAUUUCUACACACAACCCAGCAAUGGAACAUCCCAAAUUAUUGAGUUUCAUAGGCGCUAGGCUACACUGCUGGGCGAUUUUUGGGAACUGCAUAUUUGCACGGAAUAAAACUACUACAUUUCAACAGAUUUUGGUCGCCUAUUUGGCACAUUUUCUCUCGG